GCGGGAAUGUUGGGGCGUUCCGAAGCGCGGCAUGGGCGUGAAACUGCGCAGUGCGAUUGGGGAGUCCGCCCACUCUUUCCAGGGUCUAUGGGAACCUGAACUGCAACAGAUGCCAGGAGAGUCUCAUCGGAACCUCAGACCAGAGUAUAAUAUCACUUCUUUGCUCAUGCCUUGUGCAAUCCCCCUAAUCCUUUCCAGACGACUCUUGCCCAACUUUUCCGCAACAAUCUCUUUGUGGUAACAGUUCCAGUUGGCAGGGGAAAAAGGAGAAAAACCGACGUCAUGGUUCGAUGCGAAGCGAAGCGAACUUGGAGCCAUGCCCCUGUCCCAGGACGUUCCUGUGAUGACAGGCGGAGACCGUAGAUGGAAAUGUUUCAGACACUGCUUUAAGAGCGAGGAACAACGAUGAAGGGCGAAAAGAGACUGCCUAGGAAGAGCAGGAAAGAAAGCGUCGAUGCCGUGAGUCCAAAUCUACAAUGACAGAUGCAGUGGGCGCAUGUUCAGUUGGCACUUCGCACCCUACAGUACGCCAGCCGGUAUGUUGCACAACUAGUGGCAGAGCCAGCUGCCGGUGUCACAAUACAGGUCGAGAGAAGUCGAUAUUCCAUGCAAGCGUGGAUGGCAUAGUCAAUAUCUAUUGUACAAUAUGGAUAACACACCAGGUCGUUGCUGCAAAUGGUCCAGGGCCUCAAUGCACAAUACAUCUCUUUGCCAACUUUCAGCAGAAGAUGCAAUUUUUUCGAAGCCACCGAAGGCUUUUGGGACUCUCACGUCGAGCCGCCAAACUCUGUAGACUUCUUCCUGGCCCAAACGACCUCGCCUUGUGGCAUAUGAGAGCAUGACACGGUCCCUUAUAAUCAACUUUUCCACCACCCAAUGCUACAGAAAGGACGCCACAGGUUUAUCGCCCUUGAACAUGCCGGGCUACAGUAUACACAGUGAAAUUGCUUGUGUCUGACAUCUGAAAUCCCUUCAUAGUGUCUGAAAAUUGGAGAGAUUCCGUAACAAAUGCUCUCAUCAGUCAAAAGCUUUGUUCCCUUAUCGAUAAGAUAAUUUUCGCCUGCGCAGUUGGUCCGUACAAAGAAAUUUCGCAACCAUCAAACAGUCCCAUCGUCCAUUUUAAGAGAAUAGAGCAGCUUUCGCAUCAAUCUCCUCAUAAUCGAUCUACUCCCAUCGCCAUGGCCGUCGUCGAGUCGCCAACAAGUCUAUUGACCACCCUAACCGACGCCCUGCAUUCAGCAGCGUCUGCGUUCCCCGAAAAUGGCGACCAAUUCCUGCCUCCCACCGACGGCAUUUCCCUGCUCGACAUCAAGAAUGAAAUCCUGCUCUCGUACAUCCAGAACUUGGUCUUUCUUGUCCUCCUGAAGUUGCGGGAAAGCACCGGCGGCCGCACCAACGCCUCAGUCGACGCUGCGCCCAGUCUGAAGCCGACCGACGUGGUCAAAAAGUUAGUCGAAUUGCGCGUCUACCUGGAACGAGGCGUGCGGCCCUUGGAGAGCAAACUCAAAUACCAAAUCGACAAGGUCGUGCGGGCUGCCGAAGACGCCAACCGGCGUGCCAAUCAGGAGGCCUCGACGAUACCUGCCGACAAGACGAAGAAGAAUAGCAAGUCGAAGACGCAGCGGGGUUUGGACGAUGGAGUCUCCGACUCGGAUGAAUCAGUGUCGGGCCCCGAGGAUGAGGAGGAAAGCGGCAGCGAAGAGGACGAGCUCAACGGGACUACCGCUGAAAUAUCGGCCGGUCCUAGACCAGCUGCCCUGUUACGCAAGACCGCGGACAACAAGUCUGGAACGGAAGCCUCAUCGAGAAGUACAGGCACAGGCACCGGUACAGGUGCAUACAAACCUCCUCGUAUCACGCCGACCGCCAUGCCAGAGCCUCCCUCUGUUAGAGACCGCGACCAGCAACCCCCCGCGCGGAAGCGCCGCUCCCAACUUCUGGACGAAUAUAUUGACGAAGAACUAUCUACUGCACCACGCUCACAGCCGUCCAUCGGCUCCAAUAACACCAUUCUACAGCACGGCCGGGGUGCCAUGUCCUCGCGGGAUCGUGAAAAGGAGCGCGAGCGAGCCGAAUAUGAAGAAAGCAAUUUCGUCCGUCUACCUGCCGAGAGCAAGGCCGAAAGAAGAAAAGCCCGUCUCCGUGGACAAGGGAACCAGAGAGACAUGUUUGGCGGCGAAGAUUGGACUGGGCUUGGUGGCCUCGGCGACCGGAUCAACAGGACCGUGGCCGGCCGGUCGAGGGGUGAGGGUGCGAACUUGCUGGAGCGCCGGGAGAAGAGAAGGCGCGAUACUACAGAUGGGCCAAUUGGGGACGGCUCGAGUGCAGGGGCAGUGGGAAUUGGCGAGACUUUUGAAAAGAGAAGGAAGAUCAUGCAGCAGAGGGCUGAGAAGAAAAAUCGUAGAAGAGGAUAAAUGCUGGCUUAGCCCUGACACGGUCAAGCAUGACACUCCGAGUUAUACAGCGAUAAUGAAUUGCUUCUUGUCUCAAACUAUCCCGUUAUUUCUAGUCCACCGACCUGGCAGAUGGGCAUUCCGGGCCUAUACAUGCCUCCGUCUCUGGAGGGUGUUUCUGUCAGGAUCGAUUGGUUCUUUAAUCAGGAGGGAAACCUUUGUUUGGUUUGAUCAUUGGUUCUC